AUGUCGACAAGGAAAACUGCCAGCUCGCUGCGUCCUGGAACGAAUCCCAGCUCAUCCAGCCAUCGCUCCGUCCUGCAGGGCACAAAAAACUUCGUGUGGAACCGCGAAGAGGUGUCCUCGAACCUGCCAUAUCACAACCACAACUAUGACAUUCCGUUCAAUCGGCCUCCGAACGAGGUUAAUUUCAUGGGCGGUCUCGGCAGCCGAAAGGCGCACCACCGUUCGAAGCUACACCCACAGCGGUUUUCCACCGUCCAGAAGCUGAUGCGGAUGCGUACGUCCAAUCGGAUCCUCGAAACGCUGACGGAGGACCUCCGCACGGUGAAUCUGUGCCGGCAUCGGGGUGACCGUCGACGUCAAGCACAAGACGUAACGGAGUUCAUCCGCAAGAUGACGGAUGAACUGCAAACGGCCGGAAACGUCGAACACUCGACACCAUCCGACCAAUCGGACGUGCUACGGUGCACCGUGCGCAAGAAACUCACCAACGACGAUUACCGCGAUAUGAUCCGCCGACUCGAUCGCAUCCUGCUCGAGGACGACCGUCCAUCAGCCGGCCCAGACGUAUCCUUUCGUGACUGGGCGCUGCGCGAACGGUACAACUUCCGCAACCGCGGCAACGUGGCGUUGAUGCGACGUGAACGCGAAACCCUCGAAUCGGAACUCUGCUCCUCGGUGGACACACGCUCGCACGAGUACAUCUCCAACGAGGGCCGGCGGGUGACGCGUGUCCACCGGGCAACCCGAAUCCCGCACGUCGAGGGCCACAUGUACGGACCGUUCACGCGACUUCCGGUCGAGGAUCCGCUGCUCGAGAACGAGACGAAGUUUGGCAUCCCGCUCAGCCUGCUGGUGCGGUCGUACCGCGAGAUGGACACCAAGAAGGAAGGUGAGCGUAAUCUAAUCGACACCCGGCUGUCUCACAUGAGGAUUCCGUUGUGCCCGAAAAGCAGCGACUCGUCCGAGGACGAGGACCAGAUGGAGGAGGUCAAGAUCCUCUCCUUCCUGCGGACGCCCUACUUCCCCAUACCGACGAUAAGGCGCCAGAAGAAGCGACGCAAGGACCGGUUGCGGAGUCGCUGGUUGCAGAAGAACCGGCUCAAGCGCAUCACGAUGUUGCUGUACGAUCGGUCGCUUGAGAACAUGCGCGGUGGACGUCGUCGCAAGGGUCGGGUGUCGGAACAGGGACAGGUCAGUGCUUCCCGGGGGUCUAGUGGUGGACGAACGCGUCCCGAAAGGACCUCCGAGGCUGGUGAAGAUCCUCACGGAGAAGCUCAACGGGCUGCUGGGGACGUGAGUGAGAAACGCCAGCGAUACUACCGUUUCAUCGAGGACAAAUCACGUCAGUACCGUCGGGCGUAUGACGAGAGUCUGCAACAGCGGAUGACUAGCUUUCAGGAGUUUAAAACAAGCGAAACGGCUUCCGACACCGAUGCUCGGUCUGAGACGAGCAGGAAGAAGGCACGUCUACAAGGGUUGCGUCUAGAGGAACCAAAAGCACCCACCGAACGGCUUCAGCUCACAUUCCCUCCGAACAGGUUCAAAAGCCUCUCGAAGAAUGACACACGUCGAGGUGCAUUCUACAUCGAUCCGGAGUUCUACGACAAGAUGCGUGACUUCAAGCGAUACAAACAACGCUCGAAGUACUACACCAGCCUGAUGCGAUCACGUGCCGACAUACGCCAACGGCUGCAGGUGAACGGUCCCGAAUUCGAGGAGGAACAAAUCGGUGCCGGUCCAAAGUACUACAGCCGGUUGGCCACCGAAUGGGACGGGUACUACGUGCACGAGCUGCGCUACCGACCACGGGUGCGCAAGUUCUGCCCCAAAACGGACAUCCUUACGAUGCGCGACCAACGGCGCAAGGUGUUCCUGAAGUACUUCAUCGAGGAGAACCUCCUGCAGCGCCGAGCGCGCCAAACUUUGGAGCGACAGUACGCGCGCUGGAUUAGAAACUUCUGCAAGCGCAUUCGGCCUCUGUUCAAAGUUUGGAAGGAGGAAGCGUACUCGAAGCUGGUGACGGCCACCAACCAGGAGAAGGAGGCCACCGAUGAGACGGCUCGGUUGCAAGCGGCACUACAGGACCGCCGGAACCGGACCGACGCCAUUACCGAGCGGAUCCUGCUGCUGGAGGAGCGCUGGACGCGGGUUAUGCAAAUCAGGAACUACUACUACCUGUUGAUGGAUUCGCAGUGGCGUCUCGAGAAUGAUUUCUUUCAUCGUGCUGAGGAUGGAUCGCUGCUUACGGUGCCUGAAAGCAUCCAAAACUGCAAGACGAUCUUCAUACGCACCGAGGGCAACAACAUUGGGACGGAAAUCGCUCAGUUCUACCUGCAACAGACGUUUCCCGCACUGGAACGUCUGCCGGGGUGCGAACCGGACGUCGAGUUGUUGCAGCGUGGGCUAAUGUUGCUGAAUCUACGCACGAUCGAUCUGAUCAGCAAGUACAACCAGAAGCUGAUGGUGUUCAGCAAGAUCGACUACCACUACAAGGACGUGUUGGAGCAGUUCCCACGAUAUUUCACCAACCACCACGAUCUGCUGCAUCUGUACGGGACUAAGAUGGAGUCGAUUCAGCACAAAAACGACCGGUUGAAGGCUCAAUUCCAGCAGUUGCUGGGGUCGCCCCUACAGCAGUCCGUUUUCAAUAAAAUCAUGCGCAUCACAACGUCCGCCGUGGGACAGCUGUAUCUGUUCGUACGCAAGCUUCAACACCGGCAGGUGGAGAUUGUCGAGGUUGAACCAAAAGACAAACUAUCGGCCGUCCACCAGCACGUUAUGGACCUACUGUCGGAGUUGGAUCUGCUCCCGCUGGACGUACUGAAGGAGGCAGAAAAGGAAGCCCGCAAGAACAGGAAGACGCUGUUCCGAGAAGCGAACGAAGCCUGCAAGCGCAAGAUGGUGCUGGAUUUGUUGCGAAAACAGUUGCGUUUCCACGUGCGCAAAUAACCACCAAAAGCUGGUCAACGUAACGAGUUAAACGGGCGAUUAAAUCUUGCUCUGAUGGAGCAACAGAAAACAGCAAUAAUUAGCACUUAGUUUGAAGCAAUAAAGUAAUGCAAACGUUUA